UUUAGUUAAAAACAUGAUGAAGAAACUUCUUAUAUUUACUACUUUCAUUAUUUUAUCUUCGGCGUGUUUAAUUACGAAUUGCCCCCGUGGUGGAAAGAGGGGAGAUAUUGCACCCUUAGAAGGUUUUACUAGAGAAUGCCCUUCUUGUGGACCUAAUCGAUUGGGUCAGUGUUUUGGACCUCAUAUUUGUUGUGGGUCUACUAUCGGAUGUUUUAUCGGCACAUCAGAAACUUACAGAUGUAGAAAAGAAAGUCUUUAUACGCAUCCUUGCAUUGCGGGUUACGCGAUGUGCCGUGAAAAUACAGGAAGAUGUGCUGCAAGUGGAAUUUGUUGUUCGCAAGAAUCAUGUUUUAUGGACUCGAACUGCCGACUUUUAGAUAAUAUGGAGAAUGAUCGAAAAAUUGAUUCUGAUUUAAACGCGGUUUUCGGAGAAAUUGAAAUCUCCAACAAAGUAGCACAGUAAUGAUUAUAUUUUUCUCGGUAUUUAAACUAAUGUAAUGAGAGAAAGUAACUUAAUAAAGAUAUAUCAUAAUAUAUGAAACUAA